CGGCUUCGGGCGCGUGCAGGGCAGUGGGCGGGAAGUUGAGCAGAUCGCUGUGGUUAGUGAGCAUUCAGGACCUGAAAACCCAGGAUGAACUUGUGUCCACCCCAGAGAUCACCGCAGGAGUCAUGAGAUGCUCUGUGUGUCACUGGCUUGACCCGGGCCACUUCCUCCAUCCUCACCUGCCCUGAUGAUGUCCCCCCCGAGGAGGAGGAAAUUCGCUCUUUGAAGAGGAAGGGCUUCCUCGUUGCGGGCACUGACCUCUCACUGCAGGAGGCGGGGAAUGACAGAGCAUAUUUGGUUCAGGUGAUCAGAGCACAGGCCCAUUUUUGGGAUCGCACAGGGAUCAGCCACAGCAUGUCCCUUCCCAGGACAAGGGAGGGCAGGGGUCCCCGAGUCCAACCCCCGACUCCCAGUUGGGAAGAGGCCCGGGAAAGAUGGAACUGGCAUCAUCCAGAGACACGUCGCCUCUUCGAGGAUGCCUUCUUCCGGGCUGAGGGUUAUAUCCGCCAGGGUUCUGAGGAGUGCCAGAAGUUCUGGUCCUUCUUUGAACGCAUGCAGAGAUUCCAGAGCCUCAAGGCUACCGGGAAGCAGGAGGAAGAGGCGGGGCAUCUCAGGCACCGCAUCCCGGCGCUGGCCGACCUCCCUCCCACUUACGACCCGCGUUACCGCAUCAACCUCUCCAUCCUCUGCCCCGACGCCCAGGACGCUCGGGGCCUGGCCGGGAGCCUACCCCCAGAGAGAGUGUCUGAGUUCCGAGGAGCCCUGCUGCACUACCUGGACUUUGGCCAAAAGCAGGCGUUUGCGCGGCUGGCCAGACUGCAGCGUGAGCGCGCUGCACUGCCCAUCUCCCAGUACAGGGACCACAUCCUGCAGACGCUGAAGGAGCACCAGGUGGUGGUGGUGGCAGGGGACACGGGCUGUGGCAAGUCCACUCAGGUGCCGCAGUACCUGCUGGCCGCUGGCUUCAGUCACGUGGCGUGCACGCAGCCCCGGCGAAUCGCCUGCAUCUCCCUGGCCAAGCGCGUCGGCUUGGAGAGCCUCAGCCAGUACGGCUCGCAGGUCGGCUACCAGAUCCGGUUUGAGAGCACCCGAUCGGCGGCCACCAAGAUCGUGUUCCUGACGGUGGGGCUGCUGCUGAGGCACGUCCAGCGGGAGCCCACCCUGCCUCAGUACCGGGUCCUCAUCGUGGACGAAGUGCACGAGCGGCACCUGCACAACGACUUCCUGCUGGGGGUCCUGCAGCGCCUGCUGCCCCAGCGGCCCGACCUCAAGGUCGUCCUCAUGUCCGCCACCGUCAACACCUCGCUCUUCUCCGCCUACUUCAGCCAGGCCCCUGUGGUCCAGGUGCCCGGGAGGCUCUUCCCCAUCACGGUCGUGUACCAGCCGCAGGAGGCCGAGCCGACGGCAUCCACGUCGGAGAAGCUGGACCCACGGCCCUUCAUCCGGGUGCUGGAGGCCAUCGACAGCAAGUACCCGCCCGAGGAGCGGGGCGACCUCCUGGUCUUCCUCAGCGGCCUGGCGGAGAUCAGCGCCGUGCUCGAGGCCGCCCAGGCCCACGCCCGCCGCUCCGGGCGCUGGGUGGUGCUGCCACUGCACAGCACCCUCUCUGUGGCCGCCCAGGACAAGGUGUUCGACGUGGCCCCCCCUGGAGUCCGGAAAUGCAUCCUCUCCACCAACAUUGCUGAGACCUCGGUCACCAUUGACGGGAUCCGCUUUGUGGUAGAUUCCGGGAAGGUGAAGGAGAUGAGCUACGACCCCCAGGCCAAACUGCAGCGGCUGCAGGAGUUCUGGAUCAGCCAGGCCAGUGCCGAGCAGCGCAAGGGCCGGGCGGGCCGCACGGGCCCUGGCGUCUGCUUCCGCCUCUACGCUGAAUCGGACUAUGAUGCCUUCGCCCCCUACCCUGUCCCGGAGAUUCGGAGGGUGGCCCUGGAUUCGUUGGUGCUGCAGAUGAAGAGCAUGAGUGUGGGGGACCCCCGGACCUUCCCCUUCAUCGAGCCGCCACCAGCAGCCAGCUUGGAAACGGCCAUCCUCUACCUCCGGGACCAGGGGGCCCUGGACGGCUCCGAGGCCCUCACUCCCAUUGGGUCUCUGCUGGCCCAGCUGCCUGUGGACGUCGUGAUUGGGAAGAUGCUAGUCCUGGGCUCCGUGUUGCACCUGGCGGAGCCCGUGCUCACCAUCGCGGCCGCCCUCAGCGUCCAGUCGCCCUUCAUCCGCAGCACCCGGAGCAACCCCAAGUGUGCCUGGCGGGCCCUGGAGAGUGACCACGGCGACCCCUUCACGCUCUUCAACGUCUUCAAUAACUGGGUGCAGGUGAAGUCUGAUCGGAGCACAAAGUCCCGCAGGUGGUGCCGCCGCGAGGGCAUCGAGGAGCACCGGCUGUACGAGAUGGCCAACCUGCGGCGCCAGUUCAAGGAGCUGUUGGAGGACCACGGGCUGCUGGCCGGGACCCAGGCCCUGAAGCUGGGGGACAGCUACAGUCGGCUGCGGCAGCGCCGGGAGCGCCAGGAGCUCUACCAGCUGAAGCGCCAGCACGAGGAGGGGGCCGGGCGCCGGCGCAAGGUCCUGCGGCUCCAGGAGGACCAGGAUGGUGGCUCCAGCGACGAGGACCGGGGUGGUGAUGCCUCCCGGGGGGCCGGCGACGUGGACAUCCAGGAUGUGAAGUUUAAGCUCCGGCACGACCUGGAGCAGUUGCAGGAGGCCGCCAGCUCAGCCCAGGUCCGGACUCGGGACCAGAUGACCCUGCUGAAGCUGGUGCUGGCCCGGGGCCUCUACCCCCAGUUUGCCAUCCCCGACCCGUUCAACAGCAGCCGCAAGGACUCGGACCAGAUCUUCCACACUCAGGCCAAGCAGGGCGCUGUGCUGCACCCCACCUGUGUCUUUGCCAACAGCCCCGAGGUGCUGCACCCGCAGGAGCCGGAGGGCAAAGGGAGCCAAGACAACAGGGACCCGAUGAGCAGCAAGCACCAGCUCCUCGCCUUCGUCUCCCUGCUGGAGACCAGCAAGCCCUACCUGGUGAACUGUGUCCGCGUCCCCGCUCUUCAGUCCCUUCUGCUGUUCAGCCAGUCCCUGGACACCAAUGGUGACUGCUCCCGCCUGGUGGCCGACGGCUGGCUGGAGCUCCAGCUUGCGGAUGGCGAGAGUGCUGUCCGCCUCCUGGCAGCUACCCUGCGACUCCGGGCCCAGUGGGAAAGCGCCGUGGACAGGCAGCUGGCUCAGGCCCGGCGGCGGCUGGACGACGAUGACGAGGAGGCCACCCCAGGGCAGCGCGAGGAGGUGGUGGCCCUGAGCAAGGAGUUGCUGCAGUUUAUGGCAUCCAAGGUUUCCUACAGCCUACGGCGGCUCACAGGACUGGAAGUCCAGAACCUCUAUGUGGGCCCCCAGACUGUUACAGCUGCCCCCAGUCUCCCUGGCCUCUUUGGCAGCUCUGCCACAUCCCCCCACCCCACCAAAGGGGGCUACGCAGUCACUGACUUCCUCACAUACAACUGCCUCAUGAGCGACGCGGACUUGUACAGCGACUGCCUGCGCACCUUUUGGACCUGCCCCCACUGUGAGCUGCACAUGCCUCUGACACCCUUGGAGCGCAUCGCACACGAGAACACCUGCCCCCAGGCCCCGCGGGACGCUCCCCCAGGGGCUGAGGAGGCCGCCCCCGAGCCCCUCCGGAAGGUGUCUGCCCUGCAGAGGCCCUACCACUGCGAGGCCUGCCAGAAGGACUUUCUGUUCACGCCCACGGACGUGCUGCGCCACCAGAGGCAGCACGUGUGAGCCCGGGCAGCCCUGGACCAGGACCAGGGCUGGGACUCCCGAAUGAGCCCCAGGCUCGCCCCGCAGGAAGGGGUGCCAGUUUGGGAAUCAAGUCUCCUGCCACGCCCGCUCCUGCCCACCCGGGGAGUGGCAGCUGCCCCCUGUCAGUCCUGCUCACAGUCCUACCCUCCCCAGGAGGACACGGGGAGGAGAGGCUGAACAGGGACCUUGGGUUCCAGGAACGGAAGCCCCUGGCAACUGCUCUGUCCUGAGACUGUGCCUGUGGCCUCUGCUUUCUUUCACUUGAACUCGGGAGCCCCGGCACUGGCCCAUCAACCUGUGUCAUUUUGAGAGCUGGGCGGGGCGGUGUUCUUGUGGCCCCCAGGCUGUGGGGUCUGUGCAUGGGCAGCUCUUAGCUGUCCCCUCUCCUCUCCGGACACAAAAAGCAUAGAGAACAUUGCAAACGACGUCGUGCCCAUAAAACCUACCAACCAGCUGAAGCGGACAAAUGUUUUUACAGACACAAAUGACCACAGUUCACUCAAGAAACACACUGGGCCCUCCUGUCUCUAUGAAGGAAACUGGAUGCCUAGUCACAAACAGAGGACCGGCUGGGUGGGUUCCCGGGUGACGGCCUGACAGCGGCCCCUGUGCCUUUGGAAGAGGCACUGCUGGGCUCAUCUUAGGGGCCAGCAUUGCCCUGGUGCCCGAUCAGACAGGGCAGUGCCCACAUCAGACUCCUUCCUCGAGGUUUGGCGGCUCAUGGUCAGCAAUACGUAAACCAGUUGUUCUCCAGGGCCGCGGGGCGUUUACUCGAGGAAUGUGGAGUUUAGCUUUUGAACAUCAGCCAGCAUAAUUGGAAAGAGAAAUUGCAUUUGACAAAGUUUAACACCCUCUGGCCUUAGGGAAACCCCUGGGUCCUUUCUGGCCAACAGUUUUUUUCCUCUGACAACUGAACGCAGCUGAACCAUUUUUCCCAGAGGUUUCAUUUUGAUACGGAAGUCUUGUCUUUGGUUUUGUUGCAUAAUAAUAAAUAAAUGUAAAUAAAUAAAAUAUAAAGUCAA